GAUAAAAAGAGAAAGCCUCUAAAUACAAUAUACUGAGAACAUUUCAACAUUGAAAAUUAUUAUUAAAAAGGAAAAGUGCAUCAUGGAAAAAUACCUUCAUAUGACAGAACAUUUUUGAGCUAACACUGAAAUAAUAAGUAUUUUAAGAAUUUCAAAAUUUUAGAAUACAUUUUAAUCUUCUAAGUUACUUUUCAGCACAGUAAGUCAGUGUUUCAAGUCAAUGCUUCCCAGUUGUCUCAUCACACAAUAGAUCAUAUGUGCACCAAGAAAAUCAAAAAAGUAGAUGAAAUCAAGGAAAUCAAAAUAAGACAGCCCUACACAAGACAUACACAGGCUAAGAGAUUUUCCAAACAGCAUAUUUAAAAUAUUAUAAGUUUAUGAGCUAUACAGAGAAAGCUAAAUAAAUUAUGCAACAAAUAAAAUGUCCUGUUGAUUUGUCCUUUUGUUCGUGCCGUAUCUAAGUUAUAAGAAUUAUGCAGAAGAAGAGCUCUGCAGGUCUUCCCUGAAGACUCCUCAGUCUAAAGCUGACAUCUGGGCUCUUAACGGUGCAAAGAAUUCCCCGCCUUGCGUCGCCCAUCCUGCCAGCCAUCCAGGAUCAGGUAGACCAUGUGUUCUUGCUCUUGAGGGGAACACCUGAAGAGCCAGCUCACAGAAAAACAUUGCCAGAAUGGGUCGCGACGUGAUUUUUCUCAGUAGUGUUAGAUGCAGUUUGAUUUUUCCUUUUACAGACUCGGCACUGAGGAUGGAUUGGCAGGGAACGAGCUGCUCUGGGUGUGUCUGUGUGAAGUCACCAUGAGGAUUUUAUUGGAUUAACUUAAGAAAACGAAAGCACCUGCAGAUCUGAAAAUGACCGGCCAUCCAGCGGAGAGAGAGCAGUCUCCUCACAAUCUGUCAGUGAAGACCACUCUGGAGGAGGAGAUCGAAAGAGCUGAGAGUAUUCUUAGCAGGGUGCCAUCUGUGUGUGAUGACACAUCCUCAGAGCUACAAAGAGUUUCUGCCCUCGACCCUCAUGGAAGAACCUCAAGAAACUCUUUUCAAAGAAACGGAGCAAUCUCAGGACUGUUUAGACUGGUGGUGAGACUGAGGGAAUGGGCACACAGAAGCCUGUUGGAGGAGGAAGAGCGGCCGGACUCUUUCCUUGAGCGUUUCCGGGGUCCUGAGUUGAGAAUAGCCCCGAGCCGCGCCAGCAAUACACAGCCUGACGCAAAUGGUAACACCAAAGGGAUCUUCAGGAAAAAGUGGGAUCUUUUUGUGGUGUCCCCAGCUGAUAAUGCAUACUACCGCUGGUUAUUUGUUAUCGCCACAGCCGUGCUCUACAACUGGUUCCUUGUUGUAGCCAGGGCAUGCUUUGACAAGCUGCAAGUGGGCAAUUACAUCUGCUGGCUGGUGUUGGACUACAUGUCUGACUUUGUGUACAUAAUGGACACUUGCAUCCGACUUCGCACAGGUUUUCUGGAACAAGGUCUGCUGGUGAAGGACCAUGUCAAGCUUAGAGACAGCUACAUCCGAACGUUACAGUUCAAGCUCGAUGUACUGUCCAUCCUGCCCACUGACCUUGCAUAUAUCUCUACCGGCAUCCACACACCACAGCUUAGGUUUAAUCGUUUGCUGCGCUUCCCACGCAUGUUUGAAUUUUUUGACCGCACAGAAACACGCACCAACUACCCCAACAUCUUUCGGAUUGGCAACCUGGUGCUUUACAUCCUGGUCAUCAUUCACUGGAACGCCUGCAUCUAUUAUGCAAUAUCUAAGUCUUUGGGGUUUGGCUCAGACACUUGGGUGUUCCCAAACAUCUCCAAACCUGAGUAUUCCUCCCUGACUCGGAGUUAUGUCUACUGCCUGUACUGGUCCACUCUUACUCUUACCACUAUCGGAGAGAUGCCGGCACCAGUGCGAGAUGAGGAGUACCUCUUUGUGGUUUUUGACUUUCUUGUUGGAGUGCUGAUCUUUGCCACAAUUGUGGGAAACGUUGGCUCCAUGAUCGCCAACAUGAAUGCCACACGUGCGGAGUUUCAAGCUCGGAUAGAUGCCAUCAAACACUACAUGCAUUUUCGCAAAGUAAGCAAAGAACUGGAGACGCGUGUCAUUAAAUGGUUCGACUACCUCUGGACCAACAAAAAAGCAGUGGACGAGCAGGAGGUGCUGAAGAACUUGCCAAACAAAUUGCGGGCUGAGAUUGCUAUUAAUGUACAUCUGGAGACCCUGAAGAAAGUACGGAUUUUUCAAGACUGUGAGGCAGGACUGCUGGUAGAGCUUGUGCUCAAACUCAGACCACAGGUCUUCAGUCCAGGGGAUUACAUCUGCAGAAGAGGGGACAUCGGGAAAGAGAUGUAUAUCAUUAAAGAGGGGAAGCUGGCUGUUGUGGCCGACGACGGGGUCACACAGUACGCUCUCCUCACAGCUGGCAGCUGCUUUGGGGAAAUCAGCAUCCUAAACAUAAAGGGAAGUAAGAUGGGCAAUCGGCGGACAGCCAACAUUCGCAGCUUGGGUUACUCUGAUCUCUUCUGCCUCUCUAAGGACGACUUGAUGGAGGCAGUGACUGAGUAUCCAGGUGCUAAGACUGUUCUAGAGGAGAGGGGCCGGGAGAUCCUGAUGAAGGAGGGUCUGCUGGAUGAGAACGCAGAGAGCGGUGGGCUGCAGAAAGAGGACACAGAGGAGAAGGUGGAGAGGCUGGAGUCCUCUCUGGACACGCUUCAGACUCGCUUUGCCCGUCUGCUCAGCGAGUACACACAGACUCAGCUGCGGCUGAAGCAGCGCAUCACUCUGCUAGAGCGGCAGCUGAACCAGACGGACUGCGGCGCAGAUGCGAGUGAUGACAAUGAUGCAGAUGCAGAGAUUGUCAGUGAAACUAACUGUGGACCUGUUGGCCGAACAGAUGGGUCUCCGCAUCGGAAUAGUGUGCAAAAAGAGGAGAGACAGAGCCCGACAUCAAAACAUUAACUGUCAAGCUAAGGACAAUUUUCUUUCCAUCUCUUUAAAGAUUCAUCAAUAUUAAGAAGACACCUUUUAUGACCUCUGAUGUGAGAAUGUUUUAUCAGUUGAACUGAGUGUAAAGAAAUGUCUGCAUGUCAAUAAACAUAAAAUUUAGUAAAAAAG